GUAGAGAGGGAAGGUGGAUUAAUUCGAGACUCGCAGACAAAUCGCUCAGUUUAUUGUAAAUGUGCAUAGCACACCCAUUACUAGUCGUUGCCACGACAUUCGCGAUACACGCGAUUCCUGUUUUGACGACAGCUACUGGCGUUAUUUAUCCUGCGCCAGCGUACUCGUGCGUGAAAAGCGUUCCACCACUUGUCACCAUCAGCCUUGGCUUUUCCAUCCAAAGAAAAGGUUUCUCUACGAAUUCCUCUCACCACAUUAAUAAUUGAAUGGCUCGUGGACAACAAAAGAUACAAUCUCAAGCCAAGGCGGCAGAAAAAAGUGCAAAACUGAAGAAACAGCAAGGACACAGUGCCAAUGAUCAAAAAAAGGCAGCACAAAAAGCACUUGUCCAUGUGUGUACUGUAUGCAAGGCCCAAAUGCCAGAUCCCAAGACUUACAAGCAACACUUUGAAAAUAAACAUCCUAAGAAUGAGUUGCCAGAUGAUUUGAAGAAUAUAUGAGAGUACGAACUGUUAUAAAGUGGAGAUCGGGUGAGAGCGCAGAAAAAAUUUACUGCAUCUGACAAAGUGAUAUAGUUCAACAUCUUCAUCUGAUCAUUGAAUAGUUUCAAAAAAUGAAUUAAAUCUUGUUAGUGUUUUAACUAAUCUAUUGCACUCGACAGAUUGUUGUGCAC